AUGAUAGCGAGGCGACGUUGGCAAAUGGGGGCCACGCUGGGGGGCGGAGGCGUUGGGGCUGCGGGCGGUAGCGCACGCCCGCUCAUAGUAAGACAGAGCAGCAAUGGCCACUCGAGGCCAGGCAGCCCCGAAGUAGUCACGGCGGGAAGGGGGUCGAGGCUGCCACUUUUGGACUCUACGCCGACCCUACCACAACAGCAGCAGACCCAGCGACAGCGUAGCAUGCAUGUUUCAGCUGAGAGCAACGAUCUCUUCGAGCACGGGCUCUCAUUCGGUGUUUCGACCCUGAAGGGCCACAGGCCGUACAUGGAAGAUGAGUUCAAGGUUAUUCCAAACCUCGAGCUGAAUGGGGGGGCUAGUGACUUGUUCAGAAGAGAGGGCAGGGACAUGGAGCCAACCCACUUUUUCGGGAUGUUCGAUGGGCACGCCGGCGGAAGAUGCAGCAAAGCCCUAACGCAUAUCCUGGGGCAGACGGUGUCCCGUGAGCCCGACUUCAGCUUGGAGCUGCAGUCGGCCGUGCACAAGGGGUUCCUUCGGGCCAACGCAGAGUUUUUGCGCAAGCUUCUUUCCUCAUCGCUCGACCGAGAAGGUUCUACGGCGGUAACGGCGUUCGUGCGCGGGCGGCGCUUGGUGGUCGGAAACGUGGGCGACUCCCGGGCCGUGCUCUGCUCCGACGGGCGGGCGCUUCCGAUGUCGAGCGACCACAAGCCGAACAAGCCGGAGGAGAGGAGGAGGAUACAGGCGCUGGGCGGGCGGGUAGUGUACAGCUUUGGGGUCCCAAGGGUCAACGGCAUCUUGGCGGUGUCGCGCGCCUUCGGCGACCGCAACAUGAAGGGGGCCGUCAACGCCGAGCCGGAUGUGCGCGAACGCAGCCUGGAGCGGCACGACGACUUCCUGGUGCUGGCGACCGACGGCCUCUGGGACGUCAUGACCAGCCAGGAGGUGUGCAACAUCGUCUACAACUCCGCCCCUGACGUGGGUCCGCAGGGGUGCUCCGAGCUCCUCACCACCAUGGCGCUACGGAAGGGGUCACUGGACAACACCAGCGCGAUGGUGGUCGACCUACGAGGUCUUUGGGAUGUCGACGAGGGGGCACAACCGAAACGCGCGGGAAGCGUCGCCGUUGCUGCUGUGGAUGCUGAGAGCGCCGGUACCGCCAUCUUGAGACAAGAGCUUAAGGCGCUCUCGCCCUCUUACUCUUCGUCGAAACAGAUCCUAGUCAAUGGUGGUGGGAGUAGCGGCAACGGCGUCGAGCCAGAUGGUGCCGGUGCCGCGGGGACAGGCGAUAGGUCUAGGCCUUCUUCGUCGCCAGGGCUUUGGGCGUCGUCGCAGGUGCACGUAGUCGGAAAAAGGGAAGUUAUGUUUUUCAAAAAAAAUAGUACUUGA